GUUUUGUGAACCAUGGCCUCAUUCUACUCGAAGCGAAACUCAGUGCUGCUGAUCUCUUCUCAAGCUACCACGCUACCUUUUUUAUCAUCAUGUCCGGUGUCGUGACUGACGGUGGAACGUUCUUCCCUUCGCAGUGGUCUUCCCCAGACAGAGUUACAGAAGAAGUCCAGCAGCUGUGUGAACAGUAUCGCGAAGGCGUUGAGAAAGUGUACAAUGGAGGAAAUAGGUUUCAGCAGUUCACUCCAACAUACUUCAUGAUGCUGACCAAGAAGGAUGAGUACAAGAUCACAAGGAUUAAGGUUUGGAUCAAUCCGAUUGCGCAGAUUCGUCUUCAAUUCAAGCAAUUCACACCAAUUACGAACGCGCCUAUUGUGCUAUUGCCAGAGGUGACGGCCUAUUGCGACGGAAGUCUGGAGGAAGGUCCCCCCGAGCACUAAGCCAGACAAGGCGCUGUUCGUGUAUUUAUUUUACUUGUGUCAUGCAGACUUGCUCAGCAACCAUUUCGUAUGCCAUUUCUCUUUUCUUUGUAUGAUUUCUAAAUCAGAUGACUAGAAAGUGCAUUCAAAAUCUCUGUGUUCUGCCUGUGUCUCUAUCCACCUUUGUACCCUCCAGUAGCAACGGCGUGUGUAAACUUCUCUUCGUAUUCAUCUUAAAUAGCCUCUACCGAUGAAUUUAUUCUUUCUAGAGUGUCCUUCCUGUAUCAUGAUGAAGCCCAGAGUUGGGAAGCGGUAUUACGAAAUACGAUACUUGUAACAGAGAAUAAUGGUUGUUUUGUACGUUGCGAGGACGUCUAA